CCUCCUCUUCGCACCCAAUUCCGUCGUAGUCAGCUCAGCCUUUCUCAGCUCCCCGCCGUCGGACCAAUCUCCAGACGCGUGCCAGGGGGUUGCGUGUGGCUGACGAACGCGGUCGCUGCAGGCCGCUCACUGGACACGCCGCUUCCAAAGCCCCCGCACAGCACACCCAAAAGCCCCCGGCAAGGCACCCUGGCCGACCCCUCCUCCUCCCCACAGUCGCACAUGCUUGGUGCCAGUGGGCGCAAGGGAAUGAGGCUGAAAUCGGUGUGGUUCGUUCGUCGAUCCGGCCGAGUGGGUGGUGAGCGGUGGACGGAACUGCGUCGAUGUCGGUGUCUCGUUGCAAAAACAUUCUGUUUCGCUGUUCUGGGUUCGUCAUCCCACCACCUAACAUCUGUUCCUCACGCCAACGACAUCGGUAGCGCUCUUUGUUUCCGGCGAGCCGGCCAGCCUCUGAUCGCUUCCUUCAAUUGCCCGGCCCAUCUCCAUCGCUGCUCGGGUUCCUCGUUCUUGACCACGACCAAAUUCGAAAAUUGCAGAUCGGAUCCGCCUGCUGUGUUGUGCUCCGACCUCAUCACAUCGUGUUGCAUUUCUUGCGUGUCUCGGGCUUUCUGUCGGAUCGUUGCUGGGCCAGCGCGGCGACGAGAAUACCUCGAUAAUCCUCUCACUGGUGCGGUGCUGCCAAUGCUCUUUUAAAUGCUCUUCAUAACGAACCCGGUGGCCGUCUCGAUUUCCCGCUCGUCGUGUCGCGCCUGACACGGCGACAGCGCCGAAACUCGCUAGGGGCUAUC